UCAGAGAGGACAGAGACCAGGACUUCAUCAGGAUUGUUCUGCUUUCUUCAGUUUUACAGUUUGAUUCACACUCCCAGCUGAUUUGGACGGAUUCCAUUAACACACUUUUUUCAUGUUUUCACAUUUUGAUUUUUUUCCCCAUCAUGAUGAGGAGCAGAAGCUGAGGAUUUUCCUGAACUCCUGACAACAAUUUAAACAACAACCUAAGAGUUGGAUCAGAAGAACUACAAGACGUGGAAAUGGCAGCUGGACCACAGUGGCUCUGCUCGACUUUGCUGUUUGUCGUGUUCGUGUCUGCAGACCUGAAAUUUAUCACAACUCAGUCUGGACAGAACAUCACUCUGACAUGUCGAGCUCCAAACAACAACAUCACAACUUUAAAGUGGAGCAGAGCUGACCUGGGAGAUAAAAAUGUGCUUUUGCAUCGGGAUGGGCAGUCCGUUCCAGAUGACCAGCAUCCAUCUUUUAAGAACCGGGUGGAUCUGCAAGACAGACAGAUGAAGGAUGGAAAAGUGUCUUUGAUUCUGAAGGAUGUGACGAUUAAUGAUGCUGGAACAUACGAGUGUCGUGUUUUCAUGGCAGAAACAGACUCAUGGGACCUCAUCAGCUUCAUCCACCUGAAAGUUGAUCCUCCAGAGCCAAAUAACAUCACAGCUGAGUCUGGACAGAACGUCACUCUGACAUGUCGAGCUCCAAACAACAAGAUCAGAGUAGUUUGGAGCAGAGCUGACCUGAAAGAUGAAUAUGUCCUUGUGUAUCGGGAUGGUCAUUUUGAUCCAGACAACCAGCAUCCAUCUUUUAAGAAUCGGGUGGAUCUGCAGGACAGACAGAUGAAGGAUGGAGACGUGUCUUUGACUCUGAAGGAUGUGACGAUUAGUGACACUGGAACAUAUGAGUGUCAUGUGUUCAUGGAAGAAACACACUCAUGGGAGUUCAUAAGCAUCAUCAUCUACCUUCAUGUUGUUCGUCCAGACGAAAAAAUCAUCACAGCUGAGCCUGGACAGGACGUCACUCUGACAUUUCAAGCUCCAAACAACAACAUCACAGCUGUAAAGUGGAGCAGAGCUGACCUGGAAGAUGAAUAUGUGCUUUUCUACCAUGAUGGUCACUUUGAUCCAGACAACCAGCAUCCAUCUUUUAAGAACCGGGUGGAUCUGCAGGACAGACAGAUGAAGGAUGGAGACGUGUCUUUGAUUCUGAAGGAUGUGACGAUUAAUGACACUGGAACAUAUGAGUGUCGUGUGACUCAAAAAUCUGAAGAAAGCAUGAAGCUCAGGAGUCGUCGCAGCCUGAUAGUUGCAGACCAGAAAAACAUCACAGCUGAGUCUGGACAGAAGAACGUCACUCUGACAUGUCGAGCUCCAAACAACAAGAUCAUAAGUGUAGAGUGGAGCAGAGCUGACCUGAGAGAUGAAAAUGUUCUUUUCUACCGGGAUGGUCACUUCGUUCCAGAUGACCAGCAUCCAUCUUUUAAGAACCGGGUGGAUCUGAAGGACAGACAGAUGAAGGAUGGAGACGUGUCUUUGAUUCUGAAGGAUGUGACGAUUAAUGACAGUGAAACAUACUUCUCCCGUGUUUUCAUGAAUGAAACUCGCUCAUGGAAGCCCAUCAGCAUCAUCAACCUGAAAGUUUUUGUUCCUCCAGAUCAGAAAAACAUCACAGCUGAGUCUGGACAGGACGUCACUCUGACAUGUCGAGCUCCAAACAACAACAUCACAACUUUAAAGUGGAGCAGAGCUGACCUGGGAGAUAAAAAUGUGCUUUUGCAUAGGGAUGGGCAGUCCGUUCCAGAUGAGCAGCAUCCAUCUUUUAAGAACCGGGUGGAUCUGCAAGACAGACAGAUAAAGGAUGGAAAAGUGUCUUUGAUUCUGAAGGAUGUGACGAUUAAUGACACUGGAACAUACGAGUGUCGUGUUUUCAUGGCAGAAACAGACUCAUGGGAGCCCAUCAGCAUCAUACACUUUCAUGUUGAUCCUCCAGGUCCACCAAGAGGAAUUCUUGCACUGAUAGUUGUUAUUCUCCUUCUUCUUGUUGGUUUUUUGAUCUACAGAAAACAUAAAGUGUCCCGAUAUUCAUACGAGGUUUCUACUGAGAAUAAUGAGGCUCCUCAGUCUCCACAGCAGGACUGUGUCAGAGGACAGACAGAAGUGAACUGUCCUGAGCCUCCAGCAGACGGACAUUAAACAUCCAGAAUUAGAUGUUAUUUCUCAUUUCUCUGAUUAUCAUCAUGUUUAUGGACAUAAAGUGGGUAUUGGAUUCCCACAGACUUUGUGUGUCAGUGUUGCUGUGGGAGUUUCACCUGUGAUACAGAGGAGCUUGUUUCUAUGGAGCCAGCUGAAAGGAGAAGGGUCUCCCCUGGAUGCCAGCACUGAGCUGAUCUCUCCCAGUAAAAUACUACAAAUAACAUAAAAUGUGUCAGUGCUGUAAUAUUCAACUUGUUUGUUUUUUUCAUUCCAAUGUGAACUGUUUGUUGUGUGUCAAGCAACUGCUGUACAACAACACCUCAUUUGUGGGUUUCAUCUAUGCAGAGGUGCAUAUAUCCAAACCUUCACAGGCUUGCUGUGGGAUACUGGUGCAGCCCUGUUAUUACUGUGACACUAUGAUGUAGAUGAAUACAUGAAAAUAUUAGCCAUUUUAUUUUUAUGCUUAAAGUCACUUUAUUUUGGAAAAACUACUGUUAAUGUCUAUUUUGCUAUCUGAAAGUGUAAUAUUAGUGUCGCCAGCAGACGGCGCUCAGUGCCCCACACAUCAGAAAUUACACUUCGCUAGAAGAAGUGUAAUCAGUAGUGAUGAGGUAGUUUACAGCUCCCACACUGAUUAGCUCCUGUUAACCUGCUCCUGUUUCUCUGUUAUUGCAGGUGAGCUGUGUUGGAAAUAACAUAUAAGUAAUAGACAACAGUAGUAAUCGAUCAUAAGUGUCUUACAGUGCAACAGAUCUCAAACUAAAGAGUGAAUUCAUGAGUUAAGGGUUUGUAAAGAUGAUUGGCCACCACGUGUAGCUAAAAUGGCGGACUCAUAGUCCGGUGUGUUCAUGGUAAUGAAUCUCAGAACUGUUUCAUGUCUUUGUGAGUUUAAAGGAUGUAAGCUAACUACUGAGAGAUGCACAUAACGUCAGUAAAAUCAUGAACUUAUGGACAAACCUUUGUUGAACAGAGUAAAUGUGUCAUGUCAUGAGAUGCUUGUGUAAAUGGAAAUGCUGACUAAAUGCAGAAUCAGGCUAAGCUACGGAGCACACAUGUGAUCCUACACCUGUGCUGAUCCAGUUAUCAGGCUGUGAUGAAAGUCUGUAAUGUCUGUACAGGUAUGUUUGGGUCAGAGCUGCACAAUAAAGUCUCUGGAUAAUCA